AGCUGUAUCUGCCACUGGACUAACUUUUCAUUCAGGCAGCCAAUUCAGGGUUGUUAUUCCACCUUUGCGGCUUUUUUUUCAAUGUUUCUGAUGUGUUAGUUGAUGUUAAUUGACAGUGGCGAUGACACAGGCUGAAAAAGAGCAGGAAAACGGGAAGGAAAAAGACAAAGAGCGAGACAAGGAGAGGGAGAAGGAGCAGCAACGCGGGGUGAAGAGACCCAUCGCUCCCCCGGCGAUUCCAGAACCUCUGCAGGAGCAAAUACAAAGCAACUUUAUAAUUGUCGUCCACCCGGGUUCCAGGACGCUUUGCAUUGGCAGAGCUACAGACACUCUUCCAGUGACAGUCCCACAUGUUAUCGCUCGCAGACACAAGCAAAGUGGACAACCCAGAUAUGAAGACCCCUGGCUGUUGCGAGAGGGAUUGAAUAAAUCAGAGAGCAAUGAACAGAGGCAGAAUGGGCUUAAAAUGGUCGACCAGGCCAUUUGGUCCAAAAAGAUGUCGAAUGGAGUGCGGAGGACGCCGGUGUCUGCUGAACAGGCCAGGGCGUAUAACUGUCAGAUUCGUCCAGCUGUCCUAGACAGCAGCUCCAGGGUGAAGUGGACCAACACAUCCCAUCAUCCUCCUCACCUGGUUGGAGAGGAGGCUCUUCAUGUGAAUCCAUCGGACUGUUACAACAUCCACUGGCCUGUCGUCAGAGGUCAGCUCAAUGUCCACUCAGGUCCUGGAGGGUCUCUGACCGCUGUCCUGGCUGACCUCGAGACAAUCUGGAGUCACAUCAUUCAAAAGCAUCUGGAGAUUCCCCUCAAAGACCUAAAGUAUUACAGAUGCAUCUUAUUGGUCCCUGACAUCUACAACAGGCAGCACAUCAAAGAAGUGGUCAACAUGCUGCUGCUCAAUAUGGGAUUCUCAGCGAUCAUCGUGCAUCAGGAGUCAGUUUGUGCUACAUUUGGCAGCGGGUUGAGCAGCGCUUGUGUUGUGGAUGUCGGAGACCAGAAAACAAGUCUGUGUUGUGUUGAGGACGGAGUGUCACACCGCAACUCCAGGUUGUGUUUGGCUUACGGCGGCUCAGAUGUGACUCGGACCUUCCUCUGGCUCCUCCAGAGGGCCGGUUUUCCCUACAGAGACUGUCAGCUGUCCAGCAGACUGGACUGUCAGCUCCUGCAGCAUCUGAAAGAGACCUUCUGCCACCUCAACCAAGACAUAUCAGGGCUACAAGACCAUGAAUUCCAGACCCGUUUCCCAGAAGGCCCGGCUCUACUCUACCAGAUUCGACUAGGGGAUGAGAAGUUGCAGGCACCGAUGGGUCUUUUCUACCCAACCACAUUUGGCAUCGUUGGUCAGAAGAUGACAUUGCUUCAGUACCGCUCUCAAGGUGACUCUGAGGACCCUCAUGAUGAACACUACCUGCUGGCCACACAGAGCAAACAGGACCAGUCCUCCAAAUCGGCUGCGGACCGUAAAGCGCUCUCCAGACCAGGCGGAGCUCUGGACGGUGAUAUGAGCGGUCAGGUGGGGAGUGGGGAUAUCUCGGACCUGCCCAGGGGCUGUGGCAGCAUCGGGAUCGGAGGGGCUCAGGGGGAGAUGGAACUCGGACCUGCCCAGGCGGAGUGCCUGAUAGGGGCAGGAGAUAUGGAAGAGCCCCUGUCCGCUCACCUCUCCAGGAAGACUGCUAUCAUGAGCCAGUUCGAGAGCAAAGCACUAGGUCUGGAUAAGGCCAUCCUGCAUAGCAUCGACUGCUGUGCGUCUGAUGAGACCAAACGAAAAAUGUACAGCUCCAUCCUGGUGGUGGGAGGAGGGCUCAUGUUUCACGGUGCUCAGGAGUUCCUGCUUCACCGCAUCAUCAACAAGAUGCCGCCGUCUUUCAGAAGGCUCGUAGACAACGUUGAGGUCAUCACACGGCCAAAGGACAUGGACCCCCGGCUGAUAUCGUGGAAGGGUGGAGCAGUGCUGGCGUGUCUGGACACCACUCAGGAGAUGUGGAUCCAUCAGGGAGAGUGGCAGCGCUUUGGUGUCCGAAUGCUGCGAGAGAGAGCUGCCUUUGUCUGGUGAAAUUCAAUCACGCGUUUGGAAGCUUUGAGACUUUUAACGGGUUUACAUUUAAAACCCAGAUGAGGACAUUUUGUAAUCUUGUUAAUAAUCUGUUAUUACUGUGCUUUUUCUGUGUUUGUACAUUUGGAACUGUUUGUAGAUUAUUUGGUUUUAGUUAAUUGAAAUCAGUUAUGUGCAGAAAUUCAAAGCAUCUGAUGAGUGUUUUUAAAGACUUAACCAGAUCCAAUGACAGAAGAGAAUUCAGACACGAUAACAUCAUUCUGCUGUAAAAAUAAACUCAACCGUGAUGUAUUU